AGCUGUGGUAGGCGUUACCUCUCUAAAAGUCCUGCAUCAUCCCCGUGACAUGGUUCACUUUUGUUUUGUGUGAACUUUUAGUUCAAGUUGUUCUCUCCUUCCUGCUCAGGGAAUGCAGCCAUUCAAAUAAACAGUCUGUUAUAUACUGGCUUUUUAUAGUGUAAGUCUCUCCCCCGUCUCUCCAAUGCUACUGGGACUACUGAAUGAUCGGCUAUUUUUAUUUUUAGUUGAACCUUUAUUUAACUACAGAACACGGUUUAUGUGACAGACAUGGAUUUGGACCGGGGAGGGAUAUUUCUAGAGAAUAGCACCUAUAACUACGAUGGGGACUAUGUUUAUAAAGAGGAAUGCUCCCCUGAAGAUGGCGUUGGGGUGCGUUUUGGCACGGUGUUCCUCCCAAUGCUAUACUCCCUGACGCUGGUCCUGGGGCUAGUGGGUAACGUGCUGGUCCUGGUGGUUCUGGUCCAGAGGAGGCGGAGCUGGAGCGUGAUGGACACCUUCAUCCUGCACCUGGGCUUGGCCGACACCCUGCUGCUGGUCACCCUGCCCCUCUGGGCUGUUCAGGCCACUGGGGAAUGGAGCUUCGGGACCCCCCUCUGCAAGAUCACUGGAGCCAUGUUCACAAUCAACUUUUACUGUAGCAUCUUCCUGCUGGCCUGCAUCAUUCUGGAUCGCUACCUGUCGGUGGUCCACGCAGUCCAGAUGUACUCUCGCAGGAAGCCCUGGAUGGUGCAGGCCAGCUGCCUGUCCGUGUGGCUCCUCUCCAUCUUCCUCUCCAUCCCAGACUGGCACUUCCUGGAGUCUGUGAGGGACACCAGACAAGACAAACAGGAGUGUGUCCACAACUACCCGUCUCUCUCCCAGUCUGAGUUUGACUGGCGCCUGGCCUCCCGCCUGCUCUACCAUACAGUGGGCUUCCUCCUCCCAUCUGCCGUGCUGCUCUUCUGCUACUCUUGCAUCCUGCUGCAGCUGCAGCGCGGCUCCCAGGGCCUCCAGAAGCAGAGGGCCGUCCGGGUCAUCCUGGCCCUGGUGCUGGUCUUCUUCCUCUGCUGGACUCCCUACAACAUCACCUUAAUGGUGGACACCUUUCAGGGGAGGCCUGGGGAGCCUGUUUCUGGGUCAUGUGAGAACGGGAGGACAGCUCUGGAGAACAGUCUGGUGGUUACGUUCGCUCUAGCCUGCCUGCACGCUUGCCUCAACCCAGUGCUCCAUCUCGGACUGUGUAGAAACUUCCGGCGACGCGUGCUGGAUAUGGUGAGGUGUGUUGAGGGGGUGCAGAACGAUCCGAAACUCUCACUAUGGGAUUCAGGUGUGGUUGAAGACUCACCUGACCAAGCAGAGGAGAUGGGGAUGUUGAACCCAAUGACAACCAUGGGACAGGUACAGUCCACCCAGAGCUGAUGGGUAGGAAGAGGAUCCUAAUGACUAAUAUAGUAUGUCUUCAUGCCUUGAGGGGAAGUUGUAUGGGUCAUGGGUCUGGGGACUGGUGGAUGACCGUAACCUGGGUCAUGGGUCUGGAGACUGGUGGAUGACCGUAACCUGGGUCAUGGGUCUGGGGACUGGUGGAUGACCGUAACCUGGGUCAUGGGUCUGGGGGCUGGUGGAUGACCGUAACCUGGAUCAUGAGAGAAAGACAUGCAUAGUAGAAAGCCCCUUAUGAGGACUGCUUUCUUUGAAUUGCACUUUAAUGGAUAACGCUCAGACUAAAUGUAUAUUUGUAUAAAGUCAGUGGGUUGUCUGAUCUUCACGUUUUGUUUUACCUAUCGAUGUCGUCCGGCUCUGUAGAAUCUGUUGGAAAGAUUCAUGCAUUAAUUAUUCAAACCUAUAUCUAUUGUAUUAUUAUUUUUACAGAGCACUUCACUGAAUGUAAUGGAUUUUAGAGUAAACAAUGUUCUCAGCAGACACAUACAUCAUACAUUUAGAUUUUUACACUCCCCUACAUAUUUAUUUGGAAUGUGAAGCUAAAACAUUUUAUUUGGCUCUAUACUCCAGCAUUUUGGAUUUGAAAUCAAAUGUUUUGUAUUAGGCGAUGGUACAGCAUGUCACCUUUUAUUUGAGGGUGUUUUCAUACCUAUUUGUUUUACUGUUUAGAAAUGAAUGCACUUUAUGUAUCUAGUCCCCCUAUUAGAAGGUGUCAUAAGUAUUUGGACCAAUUCACUUUAGUGUGUUAAAUUUCAUGUAGUCAAAAGUUGAGUAUUUGGUCCCAUAAUUCUAGCACGCAAUGACUACAUCAAGCAUGUGACUCUACAAACUUGUUGGAUGCGUUUUUCAGUUUGUUUUUGUUGUGUUUCAGAUUAUUUUGUGCCGAAUAUAAAUUAAUGGUAAAUAUUGUAUUGUGUCGUUUUGGAGUCACCUUUAUUAUAAAUAAUAAUAAAAUGUGUUUUCUUCUAUAUUAAAAUGGCUACCAUGAUUACGGAUAAUUCUGAAUCAAUCAUGAUUAAUGAUGAGUAAGAAAGUUACAGAUGCACAAAGAUCAUGCCCCCAAGACAUGCUAACCUCUCGCCAUUACCAAUAACAGGGGAGCAUAGGAUUUUCUUAGGAAUAUGAUAUUUAUAUAUCUGUAACUUUCUCACUCAAUAUUAUUCACGAUUCAUUCAUAAUUAUCUGUAUGAAGAAAUCCCAACAUUUUCUCACAGAAUAUUACAUUUUUAGUAGGACUUGUAUAUCCUACUGUUCUAUUGUGUAACUAUAAUGUUAUAUUAAACAAGUAUAUCCUGUUAUUGUAUUAUUCCAUUACUGUGUAUAAUUAAUGAAUAAGAGUAUUUUUACCUUUUUACAACAAUUGUUUCACUUUUGAUUUCCUCAAGUCGGUGUCACAAUAUCCUGUAAAUUGACCCACUCUGGGGAAGCCCGAUGUUGUUUUUACCCUUUCUUUUGACUGGUUUUAAGGUGUCUGACAGCAGCAUGAGACAGGGUUUCCCACUCCGUCCCAGGCAUCCCAGGCUUGAGUUCAUUUCCUUGUUGCAACAGGCUGUUUAGGCCCUUGGCAGGCCUGAUGACACACACAGCCAUGGUUAAUGACAUCAUUGGUCAGAUGGGGUGGGAGAGGGAGACAGUAAUAUUCCUCUUUGUGACCUGUUCUCUUUUCACAGGUCUGUGUCCUCAAUAUCUGUCUGAAUACACCACUGUUUGUUUUACUAAGAGAGGACUGUAGUAGGCAUUGUCAACCAGGUGAAACUGUGGGAGAAGGUAAGAUAAGAGCAAACAGAAAUGAAGGAGGUGGGGAGAGAUGGAGUAGGAGAUAUACUGCUGGUAUCAGCAGCUGCGGUUACCUCGAGGGAAAUGUUCAUCCACUUCUGUAUUGUUAGGCACUGCUCUUUUUCAUAUGAGAGCCAAGGUCCAAACAAGAGGCGUUGGAGACUUCUAGUUUGCAUGCAUAUUCUAGGCUACACCAGCAGCAGUUGUGAUACACUGCGCCUGACAGAAUAGUGCUUCAGUUAUAUUAAAUUCGUGGUGCAUGUCCAUCUCAAUAGUUUAGAAUAAGGACACCUCCUGCUCUAAUCUCAUCUCCUUUCCUCCUUCACUGAUCUGAAGACACAAGAUUAGCUUACAAAAAGCAACAUGGUUAUGCAUACAAACAGUACAUAUCUUAUGGCCCAACCUGGUCUCAGAGCAUUUCGUAUUACUCUGUAUUUAAAUCUGGGACGCUCAAUUUAUUAUGAUAUGUUACGUUUAGUAUGGUAUGUAUUAAUAUGUGGAUGUCCAUCGCACAUUUCGUGAGAUAUGUUACAAAUUAAAAUUGCUAUAUUGUUAUGAAUUUGCAAUAUGUAAAAUAUGUUACGAAUCUGCAAAAUGUUUACUUUAUGAAUUUGCAAAAUGUAAAAUAUAUUAUGAAUUUGCUAAAUGUAUGAUGUGUUACGAAUUCUAGCUAGGUGGCUAAUGUUAGCUAGCUUGCCCUUUCUUAGCUAGGCUUGAGGUUAGGGUUAAGUUUAGGAGUUAGAUUAAAGGGUUAAGGUUAGGGGAAGGGUUAGCUGAAAAGGCUAUGGUUAGGGGAAGCGUUAGCUAACAUGCUAAGUAGUUGCAAAGUAGUUUAAAAGUAGUAUGUAUUUGAAAAGUUGCUAAUAAACUAAAAUGCUACAUUUGUC